UUAGUGUUGUCUAGUCACUCAGUAACUUCACUUUCUUGUCCUCUCACUUGCGCGCUCUCUUUCUCCAUUGUUUGAGUCUUGUGGUCAGUGAGAAAUCAUAAAUACAUAAAACCGCCGGAGAAAAAUGGGAAGAGCGCCGUGUUGCGAGAAGGUCGGGAUAAAGAGAGGGCGGUGGACGGCGGAGGAAGACCAGAUUCUCUCCAGCUACAUUCAGUCCAACGGUGAAGGCUCUUGGAGAUCUCUCCCCAAAAAUGCCGGAUUAAGAAGAUGUGGAAAAAGCUGUAGAUUGAGAUGGAUAAAUUAUCUUAGAUCAGAUCUCAAGCGCGGGAACAUAACUCCAGAAGAAGAAGACCUCGUUGUUAAAUUGCAUUCCACUUUGGGAAACAGGUGGUCACUAAUUGCGAGUCAUCUACCAGGGAGAACAGACAACGAAAUCAAAAACUAUUGGAACUCUCAUCUCCGCCGUAAACUCCACAACUUCAUCAUCAGAAAGCCAUCCAUCUCUCACAACGUCCUUGCUGUAGUCAUAAACGCUCCUCCAAGGUCACCGCGUCCGCCUACAAAACGCAGACCAGGGAGAACCAGCAGAUCCACCAUGAAACCUAAAACUCACCACCCAAAAAUUCGAAAGAUGAAGAAAACGUCUGAACCGCCGGAGCCAGAAGCCAGCGUAGCGGUUAAAGCAGGAGAAGAAACAUUAAUGAUGGAGUUAAACGAAGCCGAGGCUGAGCUAGGACCAUGCAACUACUAUGUAACCUGUCACGAAGGAGGAGCUUGUCGCAAUAAUGAUAAUAACAAUAGCAGCAUUGAUUGCGAUAAAGGAGUUUCAUCCUUUGAUGAAGACAUCGUUGAUCUUUUGUUGGACGAAUCAGCUCCAAGCCACGUGUUCACUUCGUGUGGUGGUAAUGCAGAGUUGAAUCAUCUAGGAGACUCUGGACAAGCCAAAAGGUCUUCGGAGAUUUUAAACCAAGAGAGUCUCGACUGUCUUCAGUCUUGUCCGUCGAUGGAGUCGUUUCUCAACUAUGAGCAUCAAGUCAACAAUGCGUUCACGGGUGAGUUUAUUGACUGGGACGACUGUGUUUGGCAACAAGGGAAUGACAAUAACAUUUGCGAUGAGAAAGAGGGUUCUGAUUCAAUUGUGUCGUGGCUUUUGGACGGUGAAGAUGAGGCCACGAUCGGGGAAAGUAAUUGCGAGAACUCUGGAGAACCACUGGAUCAUGACGAGGAAAAUGCGUUGGUCGCCUGGCUUCUCUCUUGAAUAUAUUUAUUAAUCUGUUAAGUUUGUAGUCUUUUGAAUGUAUUUACAUGAUAUCUUUUUUUUUUGAGCACCGUAUUAUAUGUGAUGUCUUAUCAUCGACUUAUUAGGGUACCUUGUAUGUUUUUAUGUC